UAUCCAAGCUCUCUACAUUCGUCAAGACAUUUUGAUCACGAUGACAUCUCUGAAGUGUGAUUUACACCUGACUUGUCUGUGCUUGUGGACAACAACUCUGACAACUAUGUCUCUGCAUCAGGAGAGUGGUUUUGUAUCUGUUAAUGUUGGCGACAGUGUGACAUUACGAUGCUUCUAUGAAGAUGAAUUUGCAGCAGCUUUUUAUUGGUAUAAACAAAUCCUGGGACAGAAACCAAGGCUCAUCUCAAGGUUCUUUAAACAUGACAAAAAGGGCACUUUUUAUCAUGAAUUCAUGAACAAUCAGCGCUUCACACUGGAUACUGAAAAGGGUAAAAAUCACUUGACAAUCUCAGAUUUGCACAUUUCAGACUCAGGUACUUAUUACUGUGCAAGCUCCUAUGCAUACAACAUUUAUUUUGCAGAAAGCAUUACUGUCAAUGUGAAGGGUUCAGGUUUGGACAUCCCAGUUUUGGUCCAUCAGUCAGCAUCUGAGACCAUCCAGCCAGGAGGCUCUGUGACUCUGAACUGUACAGUACACACUGGGACCUGUGAGGGAGAACACAGUGUUUACUGGUUCAAAAGGUCUGAAGAUUCUCCUCAAGCACUCAUUUACACCCAUGGAGGCAGGAAUGAUCAGUGUGAGAGGAGACCCGACACACAAACACACUCCUGUGUCUACAACUUGCCGAUGAACAGCCUGAAUAUUUCUCAUGUUGGGACCUACUACUGUGCUGUUGCCACAUGUGGACACAUACUGUUUGGAAAUGGGACCAAGCUGGACAUUGAGAAUGAGGUGAACCCUCCUGACAGCCGUCUGUACUUCUUGAGUGGUGCUUUGGUAUUCUGCACCAUCCUGGUUGUUUUCCUGACUUUCUCAGUGUACAACCUGAACAAGAGAAACAGAAGCCAAUGCACAGCAGAGUCUCAAAGAGCUUCAGCUUCUACCACAACAAAUGGAGAGGGUUACCAAGAUGCAGACAAUCUCCAUUAUGCUGCUUUAAGGGAUUACAGAGUCAGCAGGUCAAGAAGACAGAGAGACAACACUGAAACUGAAUGUGUGUACUCCAGUGUCAGGCAGUAGAGCUGGACACGCUUCAUCUGUACUUUGUUUAUGUCUAAGAUCUAAUUGUGUUAACACCUGUUAAAAUGAAUUCCAUUAGUUUUUCUUAAAAUAAAAUAGUAACCGUG